AUGCAUAGCUUUCUGGGAAUGGCGUCGUGGUAUAGACGGUUCAUACCCAACUUUACGGAGAAAGCCGUGGCACUCCAGAACCUGACUAGAAAAGGGCAAAAGUUCGAGUGGAAUCCGGAACACCAAGCAUCCUUCACCAUCCUAAAGCAGAGUCUGACGAGCGCACCUGUACUGGCAUGUCCAGACUUUUCACAUGGAGCAGUGGGCGACCGGGUAUGGAAUUCACACGGACCAGCUCGUCCAGACGAAGCCCUAUUGGAAGGAGCCGCAAGCGAUUGGUGGAAUACCACACCGACCAGGAUAAAAAGCUGGGCAGGGCUGACGACGGAACUCCUGAAGUACUACUUACCACCGAGAUAUGAGGAACAGGUGGAAAUGCAGAUCACACAGCUGCGGCAGCGGGAGUCGGAACCGGUACGAGAGUAUGCGAUGAGCUUGCGGAAACUGAAGCAGUUCACCAAGCUAUCGGAGGAACAGAAACUCGAUCGGAUCUACCAGAACUGUAGAAGCAAGAUAAAACUAUACACGCGCAGAACAGGGUUCGAGACGCUAACACAGUUCCUCAAGUUGGCAGAAGAAGUGGAGGAGAUAGAAGCCUCUUAA